AUGUCGCUGGCACACACAGCUGCAGAGUACAUGCUGUCAGAUGCCCUGCUGCCUGAUCGCAGGGGCCCCCGCCUCAAAGGACUGCAGCUGGAACUUCCCCUGGACCGCAUGAUCAAGUUCGUAGCUGUGGGCUCCCCCUUGCUGCUGAUGUCCCUGGCAUUUGCCCAAGAGUUCUCCUCCGGGUCUCCCAUCAGCUGCUUCUCUCCCAGUAACUUCAGCGUUCGGCAGGCUGCCUAUGUGGACAGUUCCUGUUGGGACUCGCUGGUUCACCAUGAACAGGAUGAGCCUGGCCAGUACAAGCUGAAAUCCCUCUGGCCUCACAAGGCCCUCCCCUACUCCCUGCUGGCCCUGGCCCUGGUCAUGUACCUGCCGGUUCUGCUGUGGCAGUAUGCAGCUGUGCCGGCCCUCAGCUCUGAUCUGCUGUUCAUCAUCAGCGAACUGGACAAAUCCUACAACCGCUCCAUCCGCCUGGUCCAGCACAUGGUAAAGAUCCGGCAGAAGAGCUCGGACCCCCAUGUUUUCUGGGAUGAGCUGGAGAAGGCUCGGAAAGAACGAUACUUUGAAUUCCCCUUGCUGGAGCGGUACCUGGCAUGUAAGCAGCGCUCACACUCACUAGUGGCCACCUACCUCCUGAGGAACUCCCUCUUGCUCCUCUUUACCUCAGCCACCUACCUGUACCUUGGCCACUUCCACCUGAAUGUCUUCUUCCAAAAAGAAUUCAGUUGUUCUGUCAAGACAGGGCUGCUAAGCAAUGAGAUCCACAUCCCCGACCUCAUCACAUGCAGGCUGACCUCCCUGUCUGUUUUCCAGAUUGUUAGUCUCUCCAGUGUAGCGAUAUACACCCUGCUGGUUCCAGUGAUCAUCUACAACCUCACACGGCUCUGUCGGUGGGACAAAGGACUUCUGUCCAUCUACGAGAUGCUCCCAGCGUUUGACCUCCUCAGCAGGAAGAUGCUGGGGUGCCCCAUCAAUGACCUCAAUGUGAUCCUUCUUUUCCUCCGAGCCAACAUCUCUGAGCUCAUCUCUUUUAGCUGGUUGAGUGUCUUAUGUGUGUUGAAGGACACUACCACCCAGAAGCACAACAUUGACACUGUGGUUGAUUUCAUGACUUUACUGGCUGGCUUAGAACCCUCAAAACCUAAACACCUCACUCACCGGGUGUGUGAUGAAAGCCCAUAG